AUGGAUCAAUGGGUGACGGCAGCGAGCUCGCUGUUGGCUCUCCUACUAUACUACAACACUUUAGAUGCUGGAUUCGUGUACGAUGACAGGCGGGCGAUCCUAUCAAACCCCGAUGUCAUCGGACAUACAACAAUACGAGCAUUGUUUGAGAAUGAUUUCUGGGGGACACCUCUCACGGACUCUGGCUCACAUGGGUCUUAUAGACCCCUUUGUGUUGCAACAUACCGCCUCAAUUACGCCUUCAGCGGGUUUAAACCAUGGAGUUAUCACUUUCUUAACAUCGUACUUCACUCCAUAGCAACAGCUCUAGUAGUGACCACCGCAAAACGAUUAAUGCCACAGCAUUGUAUAAGAGUUGGUACUGCGGUCGCGGGUCUAAGCUUUGCUGCCCACCCCAUACAUACAGAAGCUGUGGCCAGUGUUGUCGGAAGGGCUGAUUUAGUCGCGUGUAAUUUUUUUCUCCUAAGCUUCCUGCUAUAUAUUGAACACGUACGUCUAAGACUUGAAAGACAGAAAAAGCAAUGUCGGCAUGUCAUCAAAAAUAAUAUUAUACGCUAUCAACUAAUGUCGAACGACCAAAAUUUUCGACUUAGUUGUCAUGGACUGGUUCAACAUAUUAUGAUGAAUGUACGAAGACUCUUGAAAGUAGGGAGAGCAGGCCCUUUAAAAAUGUUGAAUGCUUGUGAAGUAGGUAACGGAACAGUGAAACUUAAUAAGUGUCAGUGCGACAAUAGUGUAAGUGACGAUUCAGGUGAACUAUUGCAGUGGUGCACAUUAGCUGGGACAUUUCUAUUUGCUACUGCUGCCACUCUAUGUAAAGAACCGGCUAUUAUGGUAGUACCACUCUGCAUAUUUUACGACUUCUUAAAAGACACUCGACAGGGAGAGCCUUACUCAAAGUGUCGAUGGAGGAGCAUAUGUGCGCUCAGUACUGGAGGUUUUGUUCUUCUAUACUGGCGCCUGAGAUUAGCGGGUGCGCCUUCCGCGUUCGCAGCAGCUGACAACCCAGCAUCCCGUGAUCCAUCUAUAUUAACACGAUUUUAUACUUUUUCAUAUCUACCAGUAUUCAACUUCUUACUCCUAAUAUAUCCUUUUCAACUCAGUUUUGAUUGGUCCAUGGAUUCUAUUCCAAGAAUAACAACACUCUUUGAUAUAAGAAACAUCUACUCGCUCAUUUUCUAUGCGGUAAUAUCAAAAGUGACUUGGAUAGCGUUAUCCAAUGAAAUGAAAAAACAACAGGAAAGAAAAGAAAAAUAUUUUAAGAAGCAAAACAAUAGAAUAAAACAUAAAUGGAAUUACAACUCUAAACAAUACAACAGAAGACAAGACUGCGAAAGAAAAACUAUUAUACCCCAUAAAGAAAAUGCAUCUUUUAAAAGAACGAUUUGUCCAUGUAAUGGAUGUAAGCAUACACUUACAGAGGAACAUACGAAUGUAUGUAGAGUUAUUAACAAUAAUAAUACGGUAAUGCAUCAAUCUACUUGCGUUUGUCCAACAACCGUGGGUAGAUCUAAGAAAGAUAAUUCUCAAAAGAACGUGUACCGUAGUCCUCAAGUCGCAAUGCUAUUAUUCACAGCGUUUAUGAGCCUACCAUUCGUGCCAGCUAGUAAUAUUCUCUUUUACGUCGGUUUUGUUGUUGCGGAACGAGUUCUGUAUAUACCCAGUGUUGGUUUUUGCUUCUUACUUGGAUUAGGGGCAGGCACAUUGACGAGAAAUUGGCGCCGAUAUGAAAUGCGCAGUCGUAUGUUUAUGUCGGCUCUAUUGAUAACGUUACUAGCAAUGAGUAGUGCGACCAUGCGCAGAAAUCUAGAUUGGCGUGACGAGGAAAGUCUAUUCAGGAGUGCCAUACACAUCAAUCCACCAAAAGCAUAUGGAAACUUGGGCAGCGUAUUGAUCACACAAGGCAGGCUGGCAGAAGCUGAAGUUGCAUUUGAGAAAGCACUUAAUUACCGACCCAACAUGGCGGACGUUCAUUAUAAUCUGGGAAUUUUACAUCAAAACCAAAGACGAUACGGAGAAGCUAUCAAAAGUUUCGAGAGGGCAAUUUACUUUCGGCCUUCCAUGGCCCUGGCGUACGUAAAUUUGGGCACAUCACUUAUGGCGGAUGGGAGGUUGGCUGAGGCUGCCAGUGCAUUGCGUGCGGGUGCACGAGCCGAUGGUCUGCGCGUUCGGGAUCGACGUGAACAUGAUGCAGCCCGUGUGUCCGCACUAGUUCAGCUUGCCUCGCUACAUUCACAACGAGGACACUGGCAUAAAGCUCUUUCAGCCUAUAAGGAUGCCUUGCAAAUAUUGCCUGACUCAAACGCCCCCAUUGUCGGCUGGACUCGACAUAAUGUAUUAUCGAUGGCAAGUAAAGUACAUAUGCAGUUACAUCAAUGGACUCAAGCUGAACACAGCAUUCUAUCAGCGUUGUCGCUCGCCCCGAAUCAUGUCGCCACUCACCUAGCUCUAGCGCAAAUUGUUUCUAGAAAUGUAAGCAGAAGUAUGGAAGCCGAGGUCUGGUAUAAAAAAGCAGUAACACUUGCCCCGGAUGAUCCUACAGUUAGAGAUCAAUUUGGUAUGUUCCUGAGAUCGCAGCGCCGUUUACUUGAAUCUGCAGAGCAGUUGGUAAAAGCCGCUCGGCUCUCUCCAACUAACAGUGCUCGAGCUACAACAGCGGCUCGUGCUUUAAGAGACGCAAGGCGAUGUCGAUCAGCUGAAAGAUGGUAUGCCAGAGCAGUAGAAUUGAACCCUGAGGAUGCAGAGCAUCAUUCCAAUCUCGGCGCAAUCUUGCAUUUGAAUGGAAAAUAUGUGGCAGCUGCCUCCUCAUACCGCCGGGCGUUACAAUUGCAACCUAAUGAUCAAAUAACAAUCACGAACCUAAAGAGAGUCAGAAAAUUAAUUACCAACCAAAAGAAAAAAUAA